GAUUAUGUAAUCACAUGUUACGCGCAUGCGUGUGUAAAAUGUGUGUGUGUGAACCGCGUGUGUAGAAAGCAUGCAACAUGUACCAGUACGGUUAWUUCUGAGUUAUUAAAGCCUCCGKAACUCUACGAUUCGUUAUUAUUACAUGGUGUCAGAAGUAAACAAGUCAGCUAAUAACUCAGGAUGGCAUUGAGUGGAAUUGAAGCGCCGUCGAUGAAAUGGAACAGUGAUAACUUACGCGAAGAAUGGCGACGUUUCAAGCAACACGUCGAACUAAUGUUUACUGGUCCACUCAAAUCUCGCAGCGAGCCUGAAAAGUGUAGUUACCUCCUAAUCUGGGUCGGUCAGAAAGGCCGAGAUGUAUAUAGCACAUGGUCAAAUAUAUCCGAAGACGACAAAGGUAAGCUCAAAACAUAUUAUGAGCGAUUCGAGCAACACGUAAACCCAAGAUCCAAUGUAGUAUUUGCAAGAUACAAGUUCCAUAAGCGAGUACAAAGCCCUAAUGAACCCGUAGAACAAUUCGUAACUGACCUARAAAAGCUAGCGCAAGACUGCGAGUUUAAAGAAAUUGACGACAUGAUCCGCGACAGAAUUGUUAUUGGUACUUGUACCGAGAAGAUAAGARAAAAACUGUUYGAUGAAGGCACGUCUCUCACCCUCGAGAAAGCAAUAAGCAUUGCCAGGUCAUACGAAGCAUCACAGAAAGAAUUAAAAGCUAUGGCGAACGAUAUUAGAGAAGAAAAUGUUCAUUUAAUCAAGAAAUCUAAUCAUCACAGACAACAUACAUCGAUUCCCAGACACGCGUCUGGAACUCAGCGGAAACUGACACAGGGAGCCCAAGCAAAAGAACAACAACAGAAAUCACCACAGGGAGUCCACAACCAAUGUGAAAACUGCGGAAGAAGACAUGGUACUAAAGAAAGAUGCCCUGCUAGGGGACAAACAUGUAACUACUGUAAAAAGCAAGGUCAUUUCAUACAAGUAUGCAGAAAGAGAGCAAACCGUCAAGUUCACAACUUACAGACAUCAAGCGAAUCCCCAACGAGUCCAACGAGCUUCGAGUCAAUCCAUUUCGAAACAGUCCAAAUUGAGCCAGUAGAACAAAGAAGCACUCAUGACAACAAUGAAGUCUAUGCGACGCUAAACAUCGAAGUAAACCGUAUAGACAACGCCUGGAAACCCCUACCAUGCACUCUCAAAGCUAAGAUUGACACCGGAGCCCAAGGAAAUGUCCUCCCAUUACGGAUCUACAGACAAAUGUUUCCAGAUAACAUCGACAUCUAUGGAGCGCCAAGAAGUGGAGCUCUAGAACCAUCAACAAACAUUCUCGUAGCCUAUGGUGGUGCCCAGAUCAAACACCUAGGCGUGGUUACUAUACCGUGCUCGUACAAAGCGAAAAGAGCGCAAGCGAUGUUUUACGUCACAGACACCCAAGGACCUGCAAUCCUUGGCCUGACAACAACAACCAACUUNACGAGAUGA